CACUAGCUAGUAGGAUAUGGCUCAUAAUAUGUUUUUUGCCAUGGCUCCAUUAGUCCUCUAUUUUACAUAUCUUCUCUCCUUUGUCCUCUUAACCCUUAUGGUACAGAAGAUAAGAAAGAAGAAAAGUUACUCAACUUAUAACAUACCACGAGGGCCUACAAAGCUACCCAUUAUAGGAAAUAUACACAAUCUGUUAAGCUCUCAACCCCAUCGGAAAUUAAGAGACCUGGCCAAAAAAUAUGGACCCGUAAUGCAUCUUCAACUUGGAGAGGUUUCGACUAUUGUCAUUUCAUCACCCGAGUGUGCUAUGGAGGUGAUGAAAACCCAUGAUAUUCACUUUGCAACAAGGCCUAAAAUCCUUGCUACAGAAAUACUGUCUUACAAUUCUACAAAUAUAGCUUUUGCUCCUUAUGGUAAUUAUUGGAGACAGCUACGAAAAAUUUGCACAAUGGAGCUUUUAAGCCUAAAAAGGGUCAACUCAUACCAACCAAUUAGAGAAGAAGUGUUUUGCAAUCUUGUCAAAUGGAUUGCUUCACAGAACGGAUUGCAAAUCAAUCUCACCGAAGCUAUACUUUCUUCAAUAUACACAAUUGUUUCGAGGGCAGCCUUUGGCAAUAAAUGCAAAGACCAAGAAAAAUUUAUAACAUUGGUAAAAGAAACAGUAAAGGUUGCAGCAGGUUUUGACUUGGGAGAUUUGUUUCCCUCAGCUAAAUGGCUACAGCAUGUUACUGGUUUGAGGCCUAAGCUUGAGGGGUUUCAGAAACAAACUGAUCAGAUACUAGAAAACAUCAUCAAUGAGCAUAAAGAGGAAAAGUACACUAAAGCCAAACGUGAUCAAGGUGAAGUAGAAGAUCUGGUUGAUGUUCUCUUAAAUUAUGAGGAUGGUAGUGACCAGGACUUUUCCUUAACAAAAAACAAUAUUAAGGCUAUAAUCCUGGACAUUUUUGGUGCUGGAGGUGAAACAUCAGCAAGCACCAUAGAUUGGGCAAUGGUAGAAAUGAUAAGGGAUCCAAAAAUAAUGAAGAAAGCACAAGCUGAGGUGAGAGGGCUUUUCUCAAUGAAAGGAAGGGUAGAUGAAAAUUACAUUAACGAACUCAAUUAUUUGAAAUUGGUUGUCAAAGAAACCCUGAGGUUACACCCUCCAGUUCCUCUUUUGCUACCAAGAGAAUGUGGUCAAGCAUGCGAGAUAAAUGGUUAUAAAAUACCGAUUAAGAGUAAGGUGAUAGUCAAUGCUUGGGCAAUUGCAAGAGAUCCAAACUACUGGACUGAACCAGAAAGAUUUUAUCCAGAGAGAUUCAUUGAUAGUGAUAUUGACUAUAAAGCGAGUAAUUUUGAGUACAUUCCUUUUGGUGCCGGAAGAAGAAUAUGCCCAGGGAGCUCAUUUGGGUUGAGAAAUAUUGAGUUGGCCCUUGCGUUGUUGUUGUAUCAUUUUGACUGGAUGCUUCCAAGUGGAAUCAGAAGUGAAAAGUUGGAAAUGACAGAGGAAUUUGGAGUCGCAGUGAGAAGAAAAGAUGAUCUUUUUUUGGUUCCUGUUGUUUAUCAUCCUUUGAAUGUCACAUGAGCUUCACAAGAAGAAAAUGAAACCUUUGGCAGUGUACUAGUAAUGUUUUUAGUAGGGUGCCGAAAAGAUACUAUUAGAUCUCUUACUAAAUAUUGCUACAGUUAUGAUUUUUACUAAUUAAUUAUCGUUGUCAAUUAUGUGUGUUGUUUGUAAGAAUAAAUAGGAAAAAGAGAAUUCAUAGUUGGUAGUCUAGAAGUUAUUAAGUGAUUAAUUGGGAGGGAGAGAACUAAGCUCUCAAUUAUGUGUCCUGUGUAAAACUCUUCUCUGUAACAGUGUGAAUGUUGUAUGUAAUAUGUCUCUGUUUUGAGAUGAAUUCUCCAGAGAACAUGUAAUAAAAUAUUGUUAUUCAGUA